AUGGGCAGAGGAAAAUCCUGAGGUGUAUAGAAAUCACUUAAGAAUGACCGAGGAGCAAUUCGCAUAUCUUCUAGACAAAGUAACUCCGUUUAUAAGCAAAAAAGAUACUUGGUUCCGAGAAGCUUUAAGCCCUAAAAUAAAACUACAAAUGACACUACGAUAUCUAGCGACUGGAGAUAAUAUAGGUACCUUAAGUGCACUGUACAGAAUUCCAAGAAGCACAUUUUCACGGUUUUUGCCUGAGGUAUGCAAGGCUAUAUACAACGCUUUGGCAGAUUUUAUAAUGGUCCCUAACACAGUUGAAAGCUGGGAAAAUGUGAUGCGAGACUACGAAACUUUGUGGAAUUUCCCAAAUGUGUGUGGGGCUAUGGACGGUAAGCACGUUACCAUCAGGUGUCCUCCAAACACUGGUUCACAGUAUUUUAAUUACAAGAAAGACUUCAGUACGAUACUAUUCGCAAUUGUUGAUGCCAAUUAUAAUUUCAUAUACAUCGAUGUGGGAACCAAUGGAAGAGUAAAUGACGCUGCAGUAUUUGCGAAAUCAACUUUUAAUGAGGCCUUGCAAAAUAAUUCACUGAAUAUACCGGAACAAGGAAUUUUCGUCGCUGACGAUGCCUUCCCAUUGAGAACCAAUAUUUUAAAACCAUAUUCCAGAUGUGGUCCGCUAACGGAAAAACAAAAAAUAUUCAAUUACAGACUUUCAAGAGCUCGUCGCGUUGUGGAAAACACAUUCGGCAUACUUGUGUCGAAAUUUAGAAUCUUUGAGAAACCUAUUCCACUAUCCAUACAAACAACGGAACAAGUGGUGAAGACUACAUGCGCUCUUCACAACUGGUUGCGAAAGACUUCAACUCCCAUACACCCAUACAUCCCGAGAGAUAUGCUGGAUGUUGAAAACUGGGAAGAAGGAAGGGUUCAACCAGGUACCGCUACCCAACAUCCACAUAGUGGUCUUGAGGAAAUAUCCCACGGUGCAUUAAAUAACUACAGCAGGGCAGCAAGAGACGUACGAAAUUAUUAUGCUGAACGUUUUGUUACAACAGACAUUGUACCAUGGCAAUUGAAAAUGAUUUAGUAAUCAACAAAUUAAAAAAAAAAUAAAUAAAUAUCUUGUUUUUGGCUUUGAAAUUGAUAUUUCAUUUGGUUUGUGAAUUAUUAUUAGCAAAAAUUAAUCAUACAUCAUUUUGUGAAAAAGAAA